UGGUGAAAAGAUUAAGAUUUCAGCCAUUGAACAGUUUAAAUUUCAUGAAUUAAAGUGAUGAAAAUGAUUUCUAAAGCUUAUUGGAACAUUUUUGUUUUUUUGGCUUUGGGAAUCCCAACUUGGACACAGUUUACAUUGGGAUUAAGUCUAGUUUCAAAAGAUAUUGAGUCGAGAAAUAUCAAAAAUAGUGUUUAUACUCAUCAAAAUGUUAAGAGUGUUAGUUACAAAAAUGAUAUUGAGAAUCACAGAAAUUUUUUAUCAUUAGAACCACAAAAACUCAGUAGAGAAUGGGUUACGGAGAAUAUAUUUACACAUAUUGAAGUUCUUCAUACAGUCAACAGCACUUCCCCUUGUUACUUCAUUGACAAGAGUCUGGAGUUUAUGAUAUGUGAGAACAGUGCCAAGAUUGAGCCUGAUCAUAUACCAGCCAUGUUGACCUACCUGCACGUCAGGAAUGUUGAGCUGAGUAGCUUGGAAGAGUUAAGUUUAAGAAAUAAAUCUAUAAAUGUUCUUCUCGUCACCAACACAAAGAUCACAAACAUCACCAGAAGUGAUUUAACUGGACUGGCAGAUAUAAAAUACUUGCAUCUGGGAGGAAAUCUUAUCCAAGCAAAGAAUUCCAUUUUUCAAUCUUUCUUUGCAAAUUUUCAGGAUUUAACGAACUUAACUCAUCUUGAUCUGAGUAAAAACUCUAUUAGUCUGACAGAUGUAGACGAAUACCAGAAGAAUGAGGAUUUACUGCAUAAUCUAGAAUCCAUUAGUUUUGCAGGGAACCCUAUCAGGACUCUGGAAAGAAAUAUAUUUUUCACAAUUCGAAAUUCUCGACUCAAGAGACUGGAUUUUUCAGAUUGCGAGCUCACCCACAUAGAUCCUUACACAUUCCAGCACCUUGAUUUUCUGGAGGAACUGGAACUAAAAGAGAAUGGAGGAUUGUUCAAGCUGGAUCCAAACCAUUCUCCUCUUAGCUCUGCUCUAUACUAUCUACCCAGCAAUACCUUUAGUUAUUUAGGUCUAGCGAGAAGUGAGUUACUUAUCACCCCGACUGCUUCACUUUUUGUAGCAAAAAACAGUCUACGGAAGCUUGACUUUUCAUCGAAUCUGUUUUUUGGAACUUUUCUAAAGUAUUCCAUCCUUCCAUAUUUGCGUUGCUUAGAGGAAUUGAUUCUCAGUAAGAACUACAUUUCCGACAUUAAAGAGAAUGCUUUCCAACAUCUGGGAAGGUUAGAAGUAUUGAACAUGUCACAUAACUCUUUGCUAACUGUUCCACAAGCUGUUCAAAUACCAAAUAUUAAGACUCUUGAUUUAUCCUUCCAAUGUGCUUGGUACGCCCAACCCUACUGUCUCUCCAACUACAUCCAGCUCAACCUGGACAGCUUCAGGGGAAUGGACAACCUUGAGAAUCUACACAUUAAGGGUAUUUCUGUUCUGACCCCUGAUAUGUUGAGUGGUGCUGGUCAGAUUGUUCUCCUUGAUAUAAGUUCUCACUACCUCACCAGUAUACAGGAGAACUCCUUCAAAAAUAUGACCAAGCUACGCUCCCUCACAUGCUCACAAUGCUGGCUACUGAAUCCUGUCCCCCUGGCGGCCUGGAUGGAUUUGAAGGAUAUCACAUAUCUAGACUUCUCAUACUCCCCAAUGAGUGUUAUACCUGCAGGACGUGUUGGGCCGAGGUCGGGUGGUUACGAGGGUAUUCUGGAAAAUAUUAAGAUAAAAGCUCUAAGUCCUGCUAUGCUGGAGGAUAUUAAGAGUCUGGAAUAUAUAAACCUAAUGACCCAUCCUACAGAUCUAAUCAUCUGUGAUGUCCAGGUGGUGAAUUUCUACAAGUGGAGUUUAGAGAGAGGAAAUCUAACUUACAUUGAAGGAUGGAAGGGAGGGAAAGGAUAUACCUGUGAUGAUAUAUCAAAUAACAGAGUGAAAAGUUUUGAAGAAUUCGCGUUGAACUACGUUGAACCUAAACAGCCAGUAGAUCACACGCUAGAAGGUAUACUGGCUGGAGUAUGUUUGUCUAGGUAUACUGGCUGGAGUAUGUUUAUCUAGGUAUACUGACUGGAGUAUGUUUAUCUAGGUAUACUGGCUGGAGUAUGUUUAUCUAGG